UGAUAUAAUAUCGAGACCGUUAUGGACCUGCGAUUGGGAGACUGAAAGAAGCAUCACAAUGAGCAGGAGCAUGGGAUUGAUGGGCAUUGAAGUACAGUAUUCAGUGUCUAAAAGUGCAUUGCAUCCAGGAUUAAACAUCUCAAAAAGCCCACCUUUUAAUUUGCAAGGCAAAAGGUCAACAACAGUUCUGAGUGUGAGGGCAUCUGGAAAUAUGAGCAGCUCAUCAGGAGGCCCAACAUUUCUGUCAGUAGAAGAAGCUGGACUGGUAGAGAUGUCACCACUUGACAUGCAUGAACGUUUUCUAUGCCGUCUUACGAUUUCAUCUUUGAACUUGUUACGGGUUAUAUCAGAGCAGGAAAGCAUACCAAUUGAAGAACUCAAUGCAGGGAGAAUAUGUGAUUGGUUUGUAAAGGACAAAGUUAAACGUGAGGAAGAUAUUAAUUCUGCCACACUCAAGUGGGAAACCAAAUCAGAAUGGUGACAUUGAACUCUUCAGAAAUGUUUCCCAUACAUUGUAGAAGAUGGCACCGUGAAUAUACAUCUAGGCAGGGCUGAAUUGUGGCAUAGGCUAAUAUUUAUGAAAUUCUUGUCACAAAAUGCCCAUUUAUCUCAAUUCCAUCCUGGAGUAGCAUGAUUAUAUAUGCAACAACGAGAAGAUACAUUCAAGAACAAGUAAAAGAUUAGGAAGCAGCGAAGGUGAUGUUCGGACAGUUUGUAACAGGCUACAAAUUGUGUAAUUUCUGAUUUUACUGAUAUUCAAAUCUCUAGAUUGCACAAUGUGUUUUAUCCCUUUGUCUCUCAACUGACAUUGCAGUUUGCACAUAUAAAACUAAGCUUGCAAACAAGGGUAGCUGUACAAUAAAUACCGCAUUGAAAGCCUGCUUCUGAUUCAAAGAUGGUAUAUUGUAUUUGGAAACAAAGAUAUAUUUAAUUUUUUUAGGACUUGA